AUACUUGACUGCACUCUUUAUUACCAUUUAUAUAUCUCUCAGGGACGUUCUCCUAUAUGGGCUCUGUUGCCACCAAGUCAGGGAAGUCCGGUCACCAUGGAAGAUCAGCAGAUCUACAAGACACACCUUGCAUCCAACAGCAGCGAUAGUUUGUAUUAUCAACAAAUGCAACAUCAGUCCAGCACCCAGGUGCUCCACCACAGCUAUGACUCCAUAGAUAUGAAUGCCUCGGAGUCAUCCUCUUCCUCCCCCCACUUAUCUCAGGACUCCAGAGAUGUCACUUCAGGAGCUCAGGUGGAAGUGUCUAGGCCAUCUCUGUGGACAAACGCUGGGUCUGGUAAUCACAGUCGGGCCCAGAGUAGCUUGAAUUGCUUUGAACAAAGCUUGCAGUGGAAUCCACAAAAUAACGUAGGUGAUGGAUAUCAGGUCUCCUACUAUCCACAGCACGACAAUCACCCUAAAACGACCAGCGGGGCCUUACACAAACUGGACUCUUUCACGCAAGUUUUUGCACGGCAGAACUUAAGAAUUCAUGCCAUGUCUCAGGGUUUACCCCAGCCAUCGCCACUGCUGGAUGCUGACAGCACUCUCAGGCAGCUGUUGUCGCACAAGUCGUCUGGCGAGGAGCCGACGCAACCUACCAGCCUUGAUAGGUACUCUCAGGUCUCACAGCAGAUGCACCAGGGCUUGGCAAACCAGCCGCAGAAGCAUUCGCUGCAACAGAUCCAGUCGCAUUUUUAUUACGAGUAUUUGCAGCCCCCCUCUCAGGCACCGGCACAGGCUUUAAUGCAGCAGCAGCAGCAUCAGUUCGGGCAACAGGUGCAAUCCCAAGAGGUACUACAGCAGCACCCGCAGGAAACCCAGCAGAUGCAGUAUUACAUGCAGCAGCAUCCAGGAAGGCAGCAGAGGCCUUUAACGCAAGAUAUCCAGCCACGGCAGUUUUCUGGUCAGAUGUCUCAGUAUUACCCUAUACAGUCUGCAGAAAUACAUCACAACAUACAACAGCCUCAGCAACAUCACAUGCAGCUCCAGCAGCAGUCAUAUAAUGCAGAUUGUACAGCAAAGGCUGAUGAUUACCAGCAGGACCACUCCCAGAGCAUGCAGCUGAUUCAGCUAGGCUCAGUGCCACAAUAUGUGUAUCAGAGCUCUCAGACGCUUCGGCAUCCUUACAAACAGAACUUGACGUCGCAGCGGCAUUUACAACAGGAGGUCAGCUCACAGAAGCAAUAUAACAUAGACAAUCGGCAAACAGUUGUCAUGGAUAGUCCAGUGGGACUGCCCAGUGCAGACCAGUUAGAUAACAACUACAACCAGGAGGCUCUGGGGAUUUUAGCCAACACUAAUCAGCAGCAAGUCUUACCUGCGGACAACCCUUACAUGAUUGGAAACCAAGGUCUACACCACUCUCCUAACACAGCUUGGCCACAGGUACUGUGAGAUGUCUAUGAAUUAUGGCCAUUCAUUCUGACCAAAUUAAACACUAGUGUGAAAUUUAUCAAGCUUGCUCCAGACGGACCGACACCGACUGUGUCUCCACAUAACAGUAUGGUGAUAGAAAUGUUUCUUUUUUAUUUUGGGAAUGGAUGGAAAAGGAUGUCUAAAACCCAGCUCACGUGCUCUGUGUGCUUCAAGGAGUUUAGAAGCUUGCCAGCUCUGAAUGGCCACUUGAGGUCACAUGGUGGGGUGAGAACCAGCACAGGUCUCAAACAGGAGGAAGGCGAGAAGUCGCAGUCUAGAGAGGCGGAGAACCUCACCCCCAUCGUUAUGCCUGUCUCUGUGCCUGUAAAGCUUGCGCCUCCAGAACCUAUUGCACAGCCCGCUGGCAGCAGACCAGAGCAGCUCAAGGGCUGUGCAUCUGAUGAGGAAAUGCCAAUCUUAACGAGGAUGACUUUUACCCCACCUUCCUCUCCAAAAGCGGUCAGCUCAUGCGCCUCUUCUGACACGGUCAAAACAAAUCAUCAGUCUGGUACGAAAUUGGGUAAACCAGAAGAUCACACCAAACCUCACCUGGAAAGAAGGAAGUAUCGCCAUAGGCCUGAGCCUCUCUUCAUACCACCUCCCUCCUUCAAUGCAAAUGUGUCUCACUCAGGAGCAACGUUGUACCAAAGCCAGCUCCGUUCUCCUCGUAUCAUUGGAGAGACACUGCUGGGAUGCCAGGAGCUACCCACCUACACGCCACCUCCUAUGCUCAGCCCAGUGCGCCAAGGGUCAGGACUUUUCAGUAGUGUCAUCACAGCCGCACAUAAUGCCCAUCUCCCACUCACACCUCUGACGCCCACUCCAAGAGUGCUGCUUUGUCGUUCUUAUAGCAUUGAUGGAACUGGUGCGACUGUAACACCUGGGCCUGGAGAACAUACUGUUGAUGUGGAACCGAAGAUUAACAUUGGAUCCAGAUUCCAGGCAGAGAUCCCAGAUCUCCAGUGGCAGUCAUCACAGAAGAAGGAGACGCACAAAGCUACUCUGGUGUGGAAACCUUGGCCAGGCCUAGAGAAGGAGGAGUCCCAGCAAAGAGUGGACGUGUUCCUGAGCAUGUCCAGCUCCAGUGUACUGCCAGGGGGAGGAACCAAUUUGGAGUAUGCAUUGCAUUCUCUCUUUGCAGCCAAUGGAAACAUCAUGGAUGCCCUGGAGAUGCUGCUAUUGAAAGAUAUGCCAAGACUAACAAGCCAUCCACUAGCAGACUACCACUAUGCAGGCUCAGAUUUUUGGAACAACACAGAGAAGAAGAGUUUUAACAAAGCUUUAAUUUCCUGCAAUAAAGAUUUCUUCCAUGUUCAAAAGAUGAUAAAGACAAAAAAAGUGUCACAGUGUGUUGAAUAUUACUAUACAUGGAAGAAAAUACUGCACAUGGGUCGUCGUAAAAGGAUGUGUCUUGUUGAACUUAAUGAAGAUGACACAACAAGCGUUGAUGAUGUGGAUGAUGAAGAAGAACUUCAAGACAGGAAAUAUGAAGAGGACUCUGAACAAGUGCAGAAAUCCCCAAAUCCUCUUCACCCAGCAGGGGUGGGCAAUGCAGUGGCUGAAAACCUCGCCCCCCCUGUUGGAUCAUUUGUGUGUGAAAUGGGAAACUGUGGAGCUACCUUCUGCUCCAGGCAAGCAUUGAACGGUCACGCUCGUAUUCAUGCAGGAACGAGUGUUCACAGCAAAGGGUUCUUAGCGGCUGGCACAGGCAGACAGAAGUCCGGCACACAGACUGGAUACUGUUCUGUAAAGAGCUCCCCUGCACACAGCACCACCAGCGGAGAAACUGACACCACAUCUGUGUUCCCCUGUAAAAUCUGCGGCAAGGUCUUCUACAAGAUCAAGAGCAGAAACGCCCACAUGAAGACUCACAGGCAGCAGGAGGAACAACAGAAACAAAAGGCUCAGAAAGCUGCCAUGGCAGCUCACAUGCCCGACACUAUCUCUAGGACCCCUAGGAGGACUAAUCUGCCCGCUGACAGCAUCAUGCUGUUCGACCAUUUCAGUCUUUUGAAAACCAACGAAGAGGACUUUGAUGAUGGCGUUGCCCAGGAUCUACAGGAUGUCUUGGAGGAGACUGAGGUGAUGCGCUCUUAUCUAUUAUUGGACGAUGAGGAUGUUGUUCUCUUGCAGGAUGGUGCUGACUUGUAG